AUGUUCGAGCUUUACGGAAUGAAUAAAGACGGUAUGGUUUAUCGGUCUCCACCACCGAGAAGAAAAGAAGUGGACAUACUAGAGACCUGUCUACAGCUAUCGUCGCCGGAGUUAAUGAGAAAAUUGCCUAAUGGCGACGCGGUGCAUCAUGCAAAGGAUCCAGGUGUUUCCACUUCCUUGGACAAAGAUAAAGGUCCGCCGCGAGAAAACGGACGAAGUAUGCUGCGAAGGUGGAUAGUGAUGGCAGGUUUCUUCUUUCUCGGAUGCGCAUUGGUCGCCGGUGUAGGAUUACCGUUGGCUUUAGAGCUGCGAAGCUCGCACCUGUUGGAGGCCAGACUUCAAGUGGUGCGACGACUGUUAUCUGAGAUUCCUCUGGUCGAUGGGCACAACGAUUUCGCAUGGAAACUCCGAAAGCAUCGAGGAAGCACGAAAUUACAAGAUUUCCCGUUCGACGAGAACUUGUCGCGAAACGGGAGCUGGGGUCCUCUGUGGCAAACCGAUCUGGUGCGAUUGCAAGAAGGCAUCGUCGGUGGUCAAUUUUGGUCCGUAUACGUGCCGUGCGAGGCACAGUUCCUUGACGCUGUUCAGCUCACCUUGGAGCAGAUAGACGUGGUACGUCGAUUAGCGUCAAGGUACCCGAAAAGAAUGAGGCUGGUGACAAGCAGCAAGGAGCUGGAGAAAGCGCACAAGGACGGCGUGAUCGGAAGUUUGGUAGGGAUCGAGGGUGGUCACAGCAUCGGCACCUCUAUGGCGGUGCUUAGGAGCUUUCACCGACUCGGAGCGAGAUACAUGAGUUUGACGCACAAAUGUAACACUCCGUGGGCAGAUUCGUGUACGACGGAGGAUCCGACUUCGAUCGCGUCGAUGGACUUCCACAGCGACGGAUUGUCGAUGUUCGGCAAAGCAGUGGUCAGGGAGCUAAAUCGGCUGGGAAUGCUGGUGGAUUUGUCGUACGUCUCGAUAAGAGCGAUGCGGGACGCUCUGACGAUCACCAAAGCGCCGGUGAUAUUUUCCCAUAGCGCGGCCAGAACUCUCUGUAAUUCGUCCAGCAACGUUCCGGACGAUGUGCUUGGUAACUUGUCGGUGAAUGGUGGUCUGGUUAUGGUCAGCUUCGACGGGGCGCACUUAAGCUGCGGCGAUAAAGCCUCCAUGUACGACGUCAUAGCUCACAUCAAUCAUAUCCGGCGAGUAGCUGGCGUAAACAACGUGGGUCUUGGGGCCGGUUACGACGGUAUAUUAAGUCCGCCGGUCGAACUACCGGACGUUUCCGGUUAUCCCCUGUUGUUGGCCGAAUUAACGCGGGACCGAAGGUGGUCUGCUUCGGAUAUCAAGAAGUUGGUCGGCGGGAAUCUGUUGAGGGUGUUCAGAGAGGUGGAGAGUUAUGCGGCCACGGUAACGCAUCAAACACCAUCCGAAGAACUGAUUCCCCAAGAUCUCAUCAAGGAGUCUGCCUACUGUAGGUACCACGACGCGUGAAUCCGAGAUCGCGACAACACUCCGCUCGAAGAAUCUCACCAACUUUGUACACCACGUUUCAUCUUUGUACCUGGAUUACUCUGUUUUACAUUUUUAAUAACUAAUAAAGUUAGUCGGGAAU